AUGUCUGACGAAGAGAGAGAGACUAAACCUUUCAAGUUCGUUACUGCUGGUUUUGAUGCACGAUUUCCGCACCAGAACCAGACGAAGCAUUGCUGGCAAAACUACGUCGACUACCACAAAUGCAUUAUUGCAAAGGGAGAGGAUUUCGCUCCUUGCAAGCAGUUCUACCUUGCAUACAGGUCCUUGUGCCCGAAUUCCUGGAUCGACAGAUGGGAUACCCAACGCGAGAAUGGAAACUUUCCCGUGAAACUAGAUUCCUAA